AUGGCCCAGCUCGAGGAUGGCAACUUCUAUGCCGCCGCACCUGUGGCCGACGAGGCUGGAUGGGGCUUCAUCUACAAGGAGGACCACGAGCAGAUGAUCAUGCAGGAUGACAUGACUGAAAAGAAGAUGACAAUCAACGAGGGAACCGCCUUGAAGUUCCUGGCCGACAACCACAAGGCCCCCCCGACCGGCCUCUGGUUCGGCGGAGAGACGAAAUAUGCAGUUACUCGUGUGGACAAGAACUUUGAGUCCGGAGAUGCGUCGUCGCCUGGCUUCGAUUUGCUCUUUACCGACCCUUCGUCUUGCGAGCAUCUUGUGGAGGACCAGAAAGAGUUUGUGUUCAUCUUUGCGGCCAAGCCCAAGAAGGGCGUGUCCAUUGCCAUCACCAAGACCCAGGAAGAGAAGGGCCAGGUCGGCGGCAACUGCACAAAGGCAGUUGUGGCCUUCGCAGAGUACAUGGUCAUGGCGGAAGAGGAGGAAGCGAGCUGGGAUCAGACCCUGGAUGAGUGGCUCAUCAGUGAGGGCUACUGCUAUGCCGCGGGCAUGGCCCAGCUGGAGGAUGGCAACUUCUAUGCCGCAGCACCCGUGGCAGAGGAGGCCGGGUGGGGAUUCAUCUACAAGGACGAUCACGAGGAAAUGAUCAUGCAGGAUGACAUGACAGAAAAGAAGAUGACCAUCAACGAGGGAACCGCCUUGAAGUUCCUGGCCGACAACCACAAGGCCCCCCCGACCGGCCUCUGGUUCGGCGGAGAGAAGUACGCAGUCACCCGCGUGGACAAGAAUUUCGAGUCAGGAGAUGCCUCGUUUGUCUUUAUUUUCGCCGCCAAGCCGAAGAAGGGCGUCUCCGUCGCCAUCACGAAGAGUCAGGUGAUCUGCGGAUUCUACGAUGAAGAAAAGGGCCAAGUGGGUGGCAACUGCACGAAGGCCGUUGUCGCCUUUGCGGAGUACAUGGUCGGCUUGGGCUACUGA